UGUAAUUAUUUUCAGAUGAGUUCCAAUAAUGAUUCAGAUAGUUCGGAUUCGGAGUGUUCCACGGGUUCAGAUAGUUCAGUUACAUAUUAUUCUGUUAACUAUAUCCCUCCGUACAACACCUCUUUCCGUCCCGAAGAUGUUCUUCAUCCUAGUCACCCGCAUUGGAAAUAUCUAAACCGGAAGUCUGCAGCUGAACUGGCACAUCUUGACCCUAAAGACGUUUACCCAGCCUGGCAUAAGUAUUGGAGGAACAAGUGCCCUUACAGAGAUGAUCCAAUUGCUUCACCAACUACUUCCAAGGCAGCAACAAAGGAAGCUAGUACUCAAGUUGAGCCAGAGAAAGAACCAGAUUCAGAUACUGAACCACAACGCAAGAGAUUCUGCGUCUACAUUGAAGACCUAGGGCCUGAUUUAAACCAUGAGAAGGAAGAAGCUUUGAAGAAGGUUACAAUGGCUCCAGUAGCAAACUCAACCCUGAUCACGGUUCCUAAGUUCUCCGACAACUGUCAGAACCCUCCUCCGGUGGCUCCGAUACCUCCCGUCAGAGGGAGAACCCUUUCAACCUGUUUGAAUAAGCCAAACGAGAUGAAUAUGAUCCGUCCUGACCUACCUAGCAGAUGUACCUGGACUCCAUCAAGUAAUCCAGCAGAUUGCCCUCACUCUAGGGAUACUGUGAAACAACCAGAGAAGAUUAUGCCGAAUGUUCUUCAUAACAUCGGGAACACUCCCUUAGUGAAGAUAAACAAGAUUAAUCAAACUGCUGGGCUUAAAUGUGAACUAUUGGCAAAGUGUGAGUUCUUUAAUGCUGGAGGUUCUGUAAAGGACAGGAUUGCUCUGAGGAUGGUGGAGGAUGCGGAGAAGGAGGGAACCUUGAAGCUCGGAGAUACCAUCAUCGAACCAACCUCGGGCAACACAGGGAUUGGUAUUGCUCUAGCCGCAGCGGUCAAGGGAUACAGGUGUAUCAUUGUCAUGCCGGAGAAGAUGUCAAAUGAGAAAGUAGCGACCCUCCGAGCUCUAGGAGCGGAGAUUGUCCGAACCCCAACCUCCGCUAGUUGGGACUCCCCGGAGUCCCAUAUCUCCGUCGCCCAACGUCUAUUGACCGAAGUCCCGAACUCGAUUAUCCUGGAUCAGUACCGGAAUCCGGGAAACCCUUUGGCGCAUUACGACACCACAGCUGAGGAGAUUAUUGAGCAGUGCGGAGGUAUUGUCGACAUGGUCGUUAUGGGUGCUGGUACCGGAGGCACGAUUUGCGGAAUCGGGAGAAAGCUAAAAGAAAAGUGUCCCAACUGUAUCGUGGUCGGAGUCGAUCCGGAAGGUUCGAUUCUUGCUCAACCUGAGAAUCUGAACAAGUCUGAAGUAACCUUCUAUGACGUCGAAGGCACAGGAUACGACUUCAUCCCAACCGUUCUGGAUCGUAGUGUUGUUGAUAAAUGGAUCAAAUCUAACGACAAGGAGUCCUUCAUCAUGGCAAGACGAUUGAUCAAAGAGGAAGGUUUGCUCUGUGGAGGAAGCAGUGGGGCGUCUAUGUCCUGCGCCGUCAAAAUGGCAGCUGAUCUGAAACCUGGACAGAAGUGUGUUGUCAUCCUUGCGGACGGCGUAAGGAACUACAUGACCAAGUUCCUGGAUGACAACUGGUUGGCGGAUAGGGACAUCAUCCAGCUCGACGUGGAGGACAUGAACCCCUGGGAGAGAAUGAAGGUCAGUGCCCUGGAGCUCUCCGCCCCACUCAGCAUUCUUCCCUCCGUCUCUGUGGAGCACGCUAUCCAGGUUAUGAUCAAUGAAGGGUUUGAUCAGCUCCCUGUUAUCACCAAGACCGGAGAAAUCACUGGAGUUGUUACUCUUGGCAGUCUGAAAGCUAAACUUCUGAAGGGAAAAGUGAUGUCUGACGAUCCUAUUGAGAAGGUUGCCUACUCCACCUUCCACAAGGUCAACCUGGACACCACCCUGGGCAAGCUCAACAGAAUCCUGGACGUCGAGCACUUCGCCCUCGUUGUUCAUAGUCAGAGAUUAUAUACGAAUGAGAGGGAUGUUGAGACGCGUGAGGUGAUCGUCGGGAUCGCCACCGAUAUCGAUCUGAUUCACUAUAUCAGUAAGUCGGAGCAGAUGAGGAGCAGCACCAGUUCAUCUGUAUCCUCCAAGAGGGUCUCGGAGUCCGACCAAUAGAUCAAGAUGCAAUCUGAGAAUUCUGCAUUUUGCGCAUUUUUAUUUUGUGAAAGAAAAUUAUUUUUGACUAAACAUUUAUUUUUUUCGGCCGUUUGUAAACAUUUGUUCAUUAUUUUUUAUGUACCAUAUUAUAUCAGAUCACAAUCCAGUUAUAUAGUAUUCAUGUUUCAGAUGAAAAUUAUCCAUUUUUGAAAAUAUACACGUAUUCAAUGUUUAA